UGUAACUGCUGAACUGAAUUGUACGGAGCAAGUUGUUAUUACACACUAAAUUAUGGUUUCCGCUGUAUAACCUGCAUAUUUUCAUUCAGGUCGUAGUUAAUCUAUACACGUACUUGAGCAACUCGACUAUGCUCAUAGUUUUAUUGUCCUUCCUUUCCAUUUUGUUCAACAAUUCCACCUGUCAAACUAAGCUAGCCAGUUAGCCAGUGGUAGUUUGUCAGUGUAAAGCAGGUGGACAAGAUUAUGCAACACUUGAGGUUUUAAUGUUAUUUACAGAAAGUAAGUGUUAUUAAUGGCAGCUCGGCAACCCUUCACAGACACGGAUACUGCAGACGAAGCAGUGAGGACGACGUGCGACGACGCAACGACAUGCAAGAGGUUCGCUACCAGUAAAGGCUAUUGGAAGGACCCUUAUAUUCAAUACUUUGCCAGAUCUGUAGGGGAAAGAAAGGCUCCUGAAAUCAACAGAGGUUACUACGCUCGCGUUCAAGGUGUAAAUCAUCUCCUUGAUGCAUUUAUAAGGAAAGCAGAAUGUGACUGUCAAGUGAUUAAUCUUGGUGCUGGACUGGACACCACAUUCUGGAGACUAAAGGAUAAAAACCUCAUGCCAAGGAAGUACUUUGAAGUUGAUUUUCCAACUGUUGUGGCCAGGAAAAUACACAAUAUAAAAACAAAACCACCACUGUCCAAACCUGUCAUUGAAACCCACUCAACAGACUCCCUACUGCUAGAUGCCCACAGCCUUGACUCCGACCGCUACUGCAUCCUCGGAGCAGACCUCAGAGACAUCUCCAACCUAGACGAAAAACUGAAGAAAUUCCAGCUUAACCCUGAACUACCUACACUCCUGGUGUCAGAGUGUGUGCUGGUGUACAUGACGCCCGCCCACUCCUCCAAUCUAGUUCGCUGGGCUGCAGAAACCUUUCACACUGCCAUGUUCAUCAACUAUGAACAGGUGAACAUGAGCGAUCGAUUUGGCCAGGUGAUGAUUGAGAACCUCCAGCGUCGCCAGUGUACUCUGGCAGGAGUAGAGGUCUGCCAGUCUCUGGACUCGCAGAAGGAGCGCUUUCUGAAGGCUUGCUGGGAACAUGCUGAUGCUCUGGACAUGAUGACGGUCUACAGUAUGCUACCACAAGAUGAUGUGGCAAGAAUCGAACAACUAGAGUUCCUUGAUGAGAGGGAGCUGUUGCAACAGCUUCUUCAACAUUAUAGCAUCUGUUGGGCCACCAAGGACAAACUGAACCUGGGUCUGGCGCAGUUGGCAUUUUGAGUAUGAAACUGCCCGUAGUCUGAUGAGCUUCACACGUGUAUUCGCCAAAAUCAACAACCAGAGAAGAUGUGUAAUAAAGGAGACGUGGAGAAAGAGGAAGCUGGUGUUCUUCCACGGAGGACUCAUCUGGGAGUUGUUCCAGUGUGAAAACUCUCAGCAACAGCAGAAUGUGCUCCAAUGAGUGUCCUUUAUAACCUCGCACAGGUUGGAGGUGAUUAGGGUGAGGGGUGUGAGGAGGAUUGUCGCUACACCGGCACCGGAUGACCUGUAAAUGACUGCAGAUUGGAUGAGUUAUGAGUCUGUUUUAUUAUUUUUGCUCUGAGACAUUGUUGUCUGUAACUCCACAAUCAUCAAUAAUAUUUGACAAUUCCUUGAACGGAUGGCAUUUCAAGGAUUAGAGAUGUCAUAUAUGUGUGUUUGCUCUGUUUUUAUGUGCCAUUUAAGGUUUAUUUAUGAAUAUACUGUACAUGCAUGUGAGUAAAUCUGUCUUAAACUGCAUGAAGUGAAUGAAACUGUAGGUUAAUUCAAGUCUGGUUUUGAAAGGUUUUGUAUUAUAUUGUCGCCUCUAGUUUUGAAACAGCAACAGAGAACAACACAAUUAGUUUGUAAUACAUUAUAUUUGUGGAAUGCUGUUCAGGUGCAGUUGAAUUAAAAUGUCUUUUUGUGUAAAAAAAA